AUGACCGUCGGUGAGAGCCACCCGACCGCUUCCUCCUCUGUCGUUGCUACCCCUACCGCCGUUCUCGACGCGUCUAUCACCACCGUCCCACCAACCGUAACGACGCGAGCGGUCAGCGACACGCGCAAGCGUCGACGCGUCUCCACUGACGUCGACGGCCCGUCCGCGCAAACCGAUGCCGUCCCACGCGUCCAGGACCCGGUGGUCGCUCUGACACCACACGCUGCCCCCACCCAACACGCAACGACAAUGGCAAUCUCUAUCUCGUCGUCCUCCAGCGUCGAGGAACUGCAGGACCCACCAGCGCUGACGACGUCUGACAUUGAAAUGGACGACGUUGCAAUACCUGACCCCGAUGAGAUGGAACUCUCCACGGCGCAUAUACGUAGGUUCUACGGCCUACCACCCACAUACACCGCUGAUGCAUAUCGCCCUCGUCCUGUCCUCGCGGCUCCCGGAUGCCUAUCAGGACCCGGCGUUCCUGGCACCCCACCACGCGUUCGUCAAGCACCUGGCGCCUCCUUCAUGGUCCAGCGCUACCUGGACGAACAGGCGCAGCGAGAAGAUAACCCCUACGUCCUAGUGCGAGAGGACUUCGCCGGUGGCAGCAUAGAGGCGCUCAUCAUCGGCGACAGCACAAACCCGUUCAUUGCCAGGCAAGGCGACGUCUCUCACCCUGCCCUCUACGUAUCUGCGGUCGAGAAGGCCCUGCCCGCCUCACUCGGGAUCGGCAAAGGGAAGGCCCCGCAACGCAACGCGACGGCAGGACCCUCGAACACGAUACGCUCAGACGCCGCUGAUGCCCAACCACUCCCUCCACCUACAUACGUUCCGCCUCCGCGCCCAGUACACUAUGCGCCCGGACCCUUCCCCAAUUUCGCGACUACGCCAAUAACGCCGAUCUUUCCUGCGCAUCUCACUCCGCUCCACUUCCCUCCUGUCCCUCCUGCGGUGCCCGCCCCCUCUGUCGAACCUGCUUUCCCUGCCGGCCCUAUCGCACCGCUCCCUCAAGCUCACGGCUUCUCUGCUCCUAGCAUGAUGACGCGAGCCCCGCCUGGCGGCUGGCUCCCGCUACAGGGGGACGAUUUCUUCUGGCCGUACGGCAAUAUGGAACAGAGCCAGCUGGCCGUCUGGACAACGGACCCCAAUCCGUGCGUUCUCCUGCAUUUCCUCGCUCGCAGCGGGAACGACCCCGGAAACCACGGACGUGUCACCAUGGCCCAAACAAUCUUCCACAAAGUCUAUGACAUACGCACCGCGACGAUCACGCAGCCUAUCGCCGCUAAUCCGCAGCCGCGUCCGAACGCCUACCCAACCUUCUACCGCGUAAGCAACAUCACGAUCCCGCAGCGCAACGCGCUACUCCGCGACCAAUGGAUCUCUACUACCGAUGGCACCGUAGGAAUCCUCGCAGCGCCUCAUGAGCCCCCUACCUUCAUGGGAGGAUGGCGCUUCCCAGGUCGUCUUGUUAUAGGCGAACCAUCGGACGAAGGCAUCGCACAGGGCUUCCUCGCCGGCUUCGAAUCCCCCAACCUCGCAUCGCUCAUCACGACGCUCCUCAUCGCUGACAUCAGUUCUGGGGGAAGAUGGCGCCACUUAUCUGUCGACGAUGCACGCCGCCUCGUUCUCCAAUCCAUACGUGUCAGGCAAAUCCGUCUACGGGAAGGCAUCGACGAGGAACCGAUUGCGCUACUGUACGUUGAGUCUCCCACCGCCGACGCUGCGGAAUGGGUCAACUUCCGGAGGCAAGUGCGCGAACAAGUCUACGGCGGCGCUUAUGCAGGACCUCCGGAGCUCAUCACCGACUGCUUCUUCUGGACCGACGUGCCCAAGGCAACGAGCAAAACGGAAGAGGCGGCCGCGGCGGCCGUGGAGGACGAGGAGGCAGGGCGCGGGGUAACGGCUCUCGUGGACGUCGUAAUGGACAGGAAAGCUCUGGAACCGAUGUAG